ACAUUAUCAAUUCUCAAUAUCAUUAAUGUACACAGAAAAGACUGCAGGAGCUUUGAGUUAAAUCACACUGAUGCCUACUGUAAACAUUUGCUGUUACGAAGUAAAUGCAGUUGUUAUCUAGUCUGCACGCACAGACCCUGAUUGAAGCUUUGAUCAAGAAGUGGAUCUUGACAUAAGACUAGCAAAAAUACAAUUAGCUGAGUGAACAAGUCGCUGACAGGGACUAAAGGCUUCAUAUUCAGACCACUAAUACUCGAGUGAAACCAAGGGUUUGUACUGCAAACUAGGUGUUAUAUGUACAGAUUUAUAUUGGACCAACUGACUGACUGACUGCUUUUAGAGGCAGCAAGCAAGCAGAAAGCAUGUGUGGAUGCCUAAAACCAAGAUGACGUGUAGCAGAGGGGCCUACUCCUGGGCCUACUUUUUGACCAGAUCCUGGACCUACUCCUGGUCGCGUAAGGUUCUAGGUCUACUUCUAAUGCUCUGUUUGGUGCGCAACUCAUCCCAGUGCCCUGAAAGAAAGACAAAUUCCAGCUCGUUGGAGAUUGGAGACGUUGGUGAAUCCAAAGACAUCAUUUGUCAAGUGAAGGAGGAGUGUAAGGUUGCGUGGCUGAAGGAAGGGAUACCACUGCCAUUGGAAGAAGGCGGAGAUAUCUUCUGUGAUAUUGAGUGUAACUGCCGAGCUCUGAUUUUCAAAUCCCUUACCUUGGAAGAUGCUGGAAUAUAUACCUGUCAAGGAGUGGAGGGGUGUGGAGGAGACAACCUGCCACAAUCAUAUCAUUUGAGAGUGGACAUAGAUGAAGAACCAAAGCCUCCUAUUAUCACUUAUAACGAGGAGUGUCAGGAUAAGAUUGCAUACCCAGGAGAAGAUGUGACAUUUUGCUGUAUUUGUCAGGUCGGCGCAACCUCCGAAAGCACCUUUGCCUACUGGCUCAACAUGGACGACAUGGUGCCUGAUGACGAAGAGGCAGAAAAACGUGUGAGUUAUGAUCCAGAAGAGGAAUUGGCAUCUUGCAUCACGUUACACAAUGUGAAUCAGUCAGCUGCGGGUAACUACACACUCUACUGCUCUACCAGCGAAGCUAAUAGUUUUAAUACACUUGUUUUGGAAGUAAAAUCAAGAUGGUGGAUACCUGUCAUCAGCGGGUUGGUAGCAUUCGUCAUUGUCACUAUCCUCAUCGGUAUCAUCUACCGGAUCAACAGGGUUGAGAUACGCCUUCUCUUAAAAGAUCAGUUUGGAAAACAAGAAAAAGAUGAUGGUCGACUUUACGAUGCGUAUAUAUCUUACUACUGGUCAGACAGUGAGAGUUCUGAGAACCCAGAUAGAAUCUAUGCCUUUGAUCUCAAAAAACGCUUGACUAAGCUUGGUUAUAAUGUGUGCCUCGCUGAGACAGACUUUAUUCCUGGAAAUGAAACAUCAGAAGAAAUCGUUGAGUCAUUGACCAGGAGUCGUCGUUACAUCAUUCUUUUGUCUCCACAGUUUCUGACAUACAGGUACGUGUCACUUGAGACGGAGCAGUGCCUUGACAUCAUCAAGCAGCACAAGAAAGAGAUCAUACCAAUCUUCAUCCGACAGAUCUCACCCGACGUCAUCAAAUCCUACGUGGCCCUCGACCACAUCAUCAGCACUCACCCACGACUCGACUGGCAGAUCUUCGAGGACACCCGAUCCCUGGAGGCGCCCGUCAGAACCCACUCGAUGGACAAUGGAAACGCUAUCGAGCUGGAAGCCAGCGCAACCAUCCGCGAAGCCCCGAAGCUGAGGAGAGCCGAGAGGCACGUCUGGAGGAUGCUCCGAUUGCAGAUGCCACCUAUUCCAAGGCAGCGUUCCAGUCCAACGGAGCAGCCGCUCCUGAGUGAAGAGCGUGAUAGUUGGAUCGAAGAUUUGCAGGACGAUUCUGUGCCUAGGAGAAAACCUGAAAUGAGACGGUCGCCUUGUGUGGUGUGAUGGCAAUUGUUGCAGUUAAAUCCUAGUACACAUACUUGAAGCAAACAAUGAUUUCAUGAGGAAAUCUUUAAAAAUCAACCGUCACCAUAUCAUGGAAGAUCUACAUCUGGUUUAUGUGCAUAAACCCGAGAAAUCAUGAAAGCUAAGAUGCAGAUGAUCACCAUGAAGAUUACCAACACGGAUAAGCAUAUGUGGGACCGAGUGUUUUAUAGUUUGAUUAAAAAAAAGACAAUGCUAUUGUCCAUUUCCCAGCAAAAACACUGUUUCUGCCCCAAUCACUUUCAACACAUUUUGCAUUUAUCCUUACAAACGAUUGGGUGGUUGUUUUAUUGGAUUCUGUUUGAACUUAUUUUUAGGUCAUCACCACAGCUAGUAAUUUAUCUCUAACCUGGAUCUUUAAAUAGUCUGUUCUGGGUUCCGUAACACAAAGGUUAGCGACCGAUCCUACGCUUGAUUUUCACGAUUGAUUGUACAUUGUAGUCAAUGCAAUCAGUCGUAGAAAAUUGUUCUUCAAUCAUUGCUAAGUUUGUGUUACGGGCCCCAGGUCCCUGUUCCAUGAAGAGAUGUAAUCAAACACAACUCAAUGUUCAACCAAUCAGCAGUAUCCAUUGAUGGCUUAUAUGUGACUUUGUUUUAGUUGCGUUUGAAUGCUUCUCUUCUUCAAUGGGCUGUAGAUGUGUAAGUUUUGAUGUAUCAAGGAGGUUUUAUCAGCACAAGUGAAUGAAUACUGACUUGAGCAUGGUAAUUCACUACAUGUAUGUGCUACAGCAUGUGCUCUUUGGACUCCAUGGCCCGUAUUCUUUUAUGGUUAACCUUAACUCAGAGUUGAGGUCAAUCUUAGGAUGAAUUAUGAUUGAUGUGAAAUCAACUAAUCUUUAUCUACAUGUAUAUAUGUCUGAGAAUCUUCAGCAAUAUUUCUGCCGUGUCAUAAUUUGCUUUUACAUUUUUUUCUUCGAUUUUACAUUGCAACUCGACUUUUGCCUGCUUUUUCAUCGCAAUUUUUGCCCAAGUUAUGUUGUUUUAUCAUUGUGUACCACACAUUUAUAUCAUGAAUGAAAUUUUUGUAAUACUUUUAUCAACUCAAACUAUGUAACUGAUAAUGCUUUUAUAGUUAGAAGUCUUGAUCAAAUAUAUGUUAUAUAUUCUUAAGUAAUAAUUGCAAACCUAUGGAAAGUUCUGUAGUAUUGUUGGACUUUUUUUAUGCUAUGUAAAUUGAAAACCUGCCAAUGUAUGUGUUUGACUAGUCAUUGUCCAACUUUUUGUUCAUCUACGUAUAAUUUACUAUCAGAUAGUAAUACCAAAAAAAAAGCAGUAUAUUGUCAUUUUCACUGGUGCUAUUAGCGUUAAUGUUCAAAUUAUGCAGAGGCUGUGAGGAAGGGGGGGUUUGAACGUACAUAUAUGAUCAGUCACCCCAAAACCAAUAAGUCGCCCAAAAUGAAUUUUGAGAUUUUUAUUGAGUUUGAACAAGCACAUCCUACUCUUUAUAAUGAUGUAUAAUUUGUAAAAAAAGUUCUUGGUUCAUGAGAGCAUGGGCGGAAAUCUGUCCCAAAAGGUAGGGGGGACCAG